AUGAACGCUGAAAACCUCUAUGGCUACAAGCCAUCCAUUGCGGCCGGUGUCAUCUUCAUCAUUCUUUUUGGGCUCACGACUAUCUACCAUGCAUACCAACUGAUCAAGGCCCGGUGCUGGUAUUUCAUUCCUUUUUUGGUGGGAGGAAUCUUCCAGGUUAUCGGCUAUGUCUGCCGCGUCAUCGGUCACAGCAACACCGCCUCAGUUCCAAUCUACGCGAUGCAGUCUCUGUUCAUCCUCCUCGCGCCGCCGUUAUACGCCGCAUCCGUGUACAUGGUCCUCGGACGAACGGUCACCUAUCUAAACGCGGAGGAUCUGAGCUUGGUGCCCGUCAAAUGGAUGACCAAGAUCUUUGUCUCGGGCGAUGUGUUCUCUUUCUUGCUCCAGUCAGCCGGCGGCGGUCUCAUGGCUAGCGGAUCCAUCAGCACGCGUAAUAUGGGCUCCAACGUUGUAAUCGGCGGUCUGGUCGUACAACUUCUCUUCUUCGGAUUCUUCGUGAUCGUCGCGGCCGUCUUCCAGUUCCGCAUCCAGCAACGCCCAACAUCAAAAUCUCAGAGCGAGCUCGAAAUGACUCGCCAUUUGGGUUGGCGACAGCGCAACUGGACGACUGUCUUGCUGGCCUUGUACAUUGUCAGUGCGCUGAUCUUGAUUCGGUCUAUUUUCCGUCUUGUCGAGUAUAAGUACGGAUUUAACGGGUAUAUCAUGACGCAUGAGUGCUUUGGGUACGUUUUUGAUGCACUUUUGAUGUUCGUUGCUAUGGUGGUGAUGAAUGUUUAUCACCCGGCUGUUAUCUUGGGGAAUGGGAAGGGUGGAAAUUACCAGCACUCUGAGGAGAUGCAGCUUUCACAUGGGUGGCAGUAA